CAAUGUCUAAUAACAAAGAUGAAUUGCAAACUUCCAGAAAUUCUGACAAAUGGACUGAAGAAGUUAUAUCUAAAAAUAAUAUAAAAUAUUACGAGUACAAUAAUUUUUAUAAUAUUGAAAGAAUCGACGACGGGGACUAUGAAAAUGUUUAUCGCGCAAAUAUUAAAAACUCGGAUCAAUAUUUUGUAUUAAAAUCUUUUAAUCUAGACAACGCCACUAUAUUAUGUGAGCUUAAACUUUAUCGCAAACUUAAUUUUCAUGAAAAUAUCAUUAAAUUUUUUGGAAUUACAGAUAAUAAAGAAAAUCGAGAUGGCCAAGUGAAAAAAUAUUUAGUGAUGGAAUAUGCCGAUGGUGGUACCUUUCGUAAAUAUUUGAGAGAAAAUUUUGAAAACCUUACUUGGAACGAUAAAAUUAAUUUGGCUUUUCAACUAUCUUGUGCCGUAUCAUAUUUACAUGACGAAAAAAUUGUACACCGCGAUCUGCACUCAAAUAACGUAUUAAUUCAUCAAAAUAAUAUCAAAUUGACCGAUUUUGGGCUUUCAAAAAGAAUUGAUGAAAAAAUCAAGUUAUUCGGGACGAUUCCUUAUAUUCCUUAUAUUGACCCAAAAUGUUUUAAUGGACAAAGAGACAAUCAAAUACAAACCUAUUUAUUAAAUGAAAAGAGCGACAUAUAUAGUGUUGGUGUAUUAUUAUGGGAGAUAUCGAGUGGGAAAUUACCAUUUGAUGAAGAGAAUUAUGAUCUUAGUUUAAUGUAUAAGAUUUCACAAGGACUGAAAGAAACCCCUAUACCAAAUACACCCGAAGAUUAUAUAAAGAUUUAUACUGAAUGUUGGAAUAACGAACCGAUCAAUAGACCAACUAUUAUUCAAGUCGUUGAUAAAUUAAAAACAAUUAUUACAGAAACAAACGUAAAACAAUCAGAGAAUGUACCAAAUUUAAAUAGAGAAUUACCUCAAAUAAUUCAAAAUUUUAUGAAGUCGAAUAUAAUUGAAAUAGAACCGACUACUCAAAAUAUUAACAAAAGUAUAUUUGAAGAAGAUCUAAGUAUCAUAAUUGAUGAAUUGGUUAAUCUUUAUUUUAAGGAAUUAAAUGAAGGAAAAGAAGAAAGUGUAAGGAAACAACAUAUAUUUGAUUAUAUUAAUAAUCAUAAAUUAAAUUUACAAGAAAUUUAUAAUUGGCUUUUAAAUAAUCAAAAUGAUUCAAAUUCCGUUUAUUUACUUGGAUAUUUUAAUUAUCAUGGAAUUAAAAUUAAUAUUAAUAAACAAAAGGCUUAUGAAUUAUAUCAAAAAGCAGCAAAGUUAGAAAAUAGUGUGGCACAAGUUGAUCUUACUUAUAUGUAUGUUAAUGGAAAAGGUGUUGAUAAAAAUUAUAAUAAAGCAUUUGAAUUAUCUAAAAAAUUAGCAGAAAGAGAACAUUCAAAUGGAAUAAAUAUGUUAGGAUAUUGUUAUGAUCUUGGAAUUGGAACUGAUAUUGAUAUGCAAAAAGCAUUUGAAUUGUAUCAAAAAUCGGCAAACUUGGGAAAUAUUAAAGCUCAAUAUAAUCUCGCUUUAAUGUAUGAAGAAGGAAAAGGUACUGAAAUAAAUCAAAAAAAGGCAUUUGAAUUAUCAAAAAAAUCAGCAAAAGGAGAAUAUUCAGAUGGGAUAAAUUUAUUAGGUUAUUAUUAUAAAAAUGGAAUUGGAACAGAUGUUAAUAUGGAAAAAGCCGUUGAAUUUUAUCAAAAAGCUGCAAAUUUAGGACUUGAUGUGGCUCAAUAUAAUCUUGCUUUAAUGUAUGAAAAUGGGAAUGGAAUUAAAAAAGAUAUUAAUCAAGCAAUUUAUUGGUACAAAAAAUCUGCUAAACAAGGAUUUCAAAGUGCUCAAACUAGAUUAAAUAAUCUUCAAGAGUAGAAUGAAUUAUUACAUGAAAUUUUUGAGAAAUUUAAUAAAAUAUUUUACUAUUUGCAAAAUAGAAGGUUUUAUUAUUCUUUAGUUUCAAAUACCGUUAAAGUGUUAAAAUAUUCUGCUAUCCAUUAUGUCACGUGAUAAUAUAAGAUUCUAUAUAGUUUAUACUUUUUAUUUUUUAUUUUGAUUUUUAAAUAAUAAAUAAAGAUUUGCAAAAUAUUAUGUUUGAUAUUCCCAUGAUAUACGCUUGCAUAUGUGUUUGUUGUGUGGUCACUGGUCACCUCACGGAAAAGGUGAAACCUCCUUUUUUUAGAAAUUUAUAAUUUUUUAUUCACAUGCCAAAUUAUAUUAUAAUUUGUUCAUUUAUACAAUCAAUAAAAAAAUAAAUAAAUAAAGAAAAGCUUAUAGUCAAAAAUAAAUGUUAUGUUUUUUUCUUAAAAAUUUGGUU